AUGAUGAAACAGCUACGUUGAUCACGAUCACAUGAAAACAGCUCACGAACGAAGUUGAUAGGUCAUGGUUGUGAAGUGUCGUGGUGACAGCGUAAAACCAACCACUGAUAACAGUAGGCCUAAAUGCUUACAGUAGAUACACUGCGUCGACACAAGACCAGAUGAGCUUUGCAACGGACCUUCUUGGUUUAUGUCAUCAUGCCACAGGAUAUUUACUUUGAUUAACAAUGAUCAAUGAGCCCCACAGCCUUGAAGACUGGGUGGCAGUCAAGGAGGCACCCUUUGACUCCAAUGAACCCCAAAAGACAAACCUCCGCUUCCUAGUCAACUGGAACCAGCACGAGAGGAACCUGAGCAUCACUUGCCAUGAGAGUAGGCCGCGGAAUGUCAAACGAACUCUCAAGAACUCGGCCAAGUCGACAUCAAAAUCAGACACUGGCAGGACUCCAGAAGAUCUCCGUAGCUGGUCAGGAGUUUUCACCCUCCAGGACAUCAGCUAUGCCCACCAGCAGCUAUGUCUUGUCAAACCCAAUUUGGAAAACCAUCCUUUGGAUUUGCCUUAUGAGCCUCGGGGAUUUUGGAGUCUCCUGUACUCCAUUGAGAUCCCAGACCACUUCAACCAAGAGCUUGAGUUGUACCUAUCCACAGCUGCCCAGAUUUGCGGCAACAAACUCCUGACUGACUAUCUCUUCAAUAGGGAUGAAGUUGCCAAUGAGCAGUACUUUGAGAACUGUAGCGAGCUGAGGCAGAAGGCCUAUGCAGACCAUGAAGCCCGUCUUGUCCAGAGACUCAAUGAGUCUCUCAAGGGUGGUGCUGUCCUGGACAAGAUGGUGGACAUGAUGGAGCUGUACUCAACAGUUGACUCCAUCCUGGCUGAAUUAGCCACAGCCCGGGCAGAGGCCUUCAACGUCAUGCUGCAGCCGUUCUUGGACAUGAGGGAGUUGUCCUUCAACAGGCUCUUGCGACUCCAGGACGAGCUUGAAGAUGAGUUCAUGAGUCAGGGCAGAAGGGACAGGUGUCUCAUGGAGUACAGCGAGUGGCAGGAAGAGUAUGUCGCAGCGAUUGAAUCCAUUAAUGAAAUCAGAGUCAAGUACUUUGCUCGAUGUGCUGAAACCACCAAAGAUAUGAUAAGCCAGUUAGAAGAAGAUAAACUCAAGUUUGGUAAGUCCACUUGGGCCGUGACCGGGGAAGGCCGGCUGCGAGACUUCCAUCUGACCCAGUCCCAAGAGAAGAUUCAACUGCUGCAGGCAAAGCAGGAAAAACACAAACAUCGCAUUGAGAAGAUCAAACAAGAGAUGGCAUUGCUGGAUGAAGGGCCUAACUACGUCAAUGAGUUGGAAUCCCUGGAACAGUUGGCCUUUGACCUUCAGGUCAAACUGUACAACACGCAGCUGGAUGUCCUGAAUGAGCGCGACAAGAUGCUACGCAGAGAGCUAGCAGUGAUCAAACAACAACUCAAAGAAGCUGAGGAGGUGGACGUGUUCUUCGAUGCUAUGGACAGCCUUCUAGACGUAGACAUGGAGGCAGACGGAGAGGAAAUGGAUGCAGAAGAUUCGGGAUUGAACAGGAAAGGCAGGAAGGGUUGGAUGGAUCCAAGGGUUGCUGAUAUUCAGGCCAAACUGAGCAAGAUCAACCGCCAACGAGCACGGAUCCGGAGUAACAAGCAAUCCUGUAUAUCACAGCAAAAUUCCAAAAUUGUUGAGAAGAGAUCAGAGGAAGAUAGAUUCAAAUCCCACCACUGGGUUCACAUGAAGCGAGAGCAGUUAUUGGCCGAGCAGAAGCGGAGGAAAGACUUCAUCCAAACAGAAAGGAAGAAGACGGUGGAAAGACUUCGCAACUACAAAGUGAGUCAUCCCAGCCCAAAAAUUCUCAAACCCCAACAGUACAAGAAAGCGGCCAAGAAGGAAGCAAGCACCAAGAGCGAGGCUGAGGCAGCCACAGAACGAGAGAAGAAAAAAGCAGCCGCAGCCAGGGACAAGGCCAGGCGCUCGUACCAGCCGCCAAAACCAACAAAAUCAAAGACAAAGACUUCAACAAAUGGAGCCGAGCCAGGUGCAAUCCCACAAGUCCCUGGGAAUCAACCUCAAGCCCCUCCCCCUCCCCCUCCCCCACCCCCACCCCCACCACCACCUGGUCCCCCACCCCCACCACCACCUGGUCCCCCACCCUGUCUCCCACCCCCUCCACCAGCUUACCCCCCACCGUUUGCUCUGGUAACAGGAACCAUAAGCAUGAAAACUGUCAAUAAGGUUGAGAAGAAAGACACCGGAGGGAAGGGACUGGACCUCAGUGACAUUUUGAAGGCGAGAGGAAAUCUCCAGAAACGACAACGGUCUGGUUCUGACCACUCUGGGGGAGCCAGCCAAGAUCCAAUGGUAGCUACGCUGGCCAACAUCCGUCAAGGCGUGAAGCUUCGCAACAUCCAGAGGGACCCUAAAGCAAACUCCUCCCCUUACUGCAGCCUGGAGAACUCAGAGCUAAUGGCAGCCAUCAACCGCAUUAGGAAUCACACAGAGAUCCAAGACUCGGACUCGUCGGAAGGCGAGUUCAGUGCUUGACGGCCACAACACUCCCAAGGGCAUUGUCAGACAAAUUUGGGGGGGGGGGGGGGCUACAAAAUAGACACGGACCAUAAUGACCUAUAAAGUUUCCAGAAAUUAACCAGUUUGCUUGAGAUUGGAAAAGUAGAUAUCAUCUGACAGCAGAGGGGGCUGUUUGCUCAUCCCCAUCACCCUAUCCAAGGUCGCUGAUGGGGGCUAAUCCAUUUCACAAAGUGUUGUAAAGGAAGAGCAGGUCACUGGCUAUUAACAAUGUAUACAUCUUCUGUGAUAGGGUAAUGCACAAGGAAGGGCUAACCCUCAACGGGUAGCAGCUGAGAACGUGUUGAUCCAGGGCCAUUGGGUGAACAAAAAACGGUCAAUGAAAGGUCAAAGCGAUUAGCCCCCACCAGUGCCCUGGGCAUGGGAUAGGGCCGGCAGGGGGCAUGAGCAAAUGGGGCUUUCCCAGAUUUGCUCGUACCCCCCGCCCUGCAAGGGCGCUGGGACAUGCUGAAGAGCUUCACAGAAUCUUGUGAAGGAAGUGGGGAUGGCAUUCUGGGUAAUUUAUCUUGACCUAUGUAUAAAGACAUCUGGGGCGGAUUGCAAUAACGCAGUCUUAGUCGGCUGGCUAAACCAGUCCAAUUUUAGCCGGCUAUUGUUCUUAGACGGUCUUGGUUAAGACACCAAACUUAGCCCAUUGCAAUAAGCUGGUCUUUACUAAGCCCGCUUAGAGUAAUGAUUCACAAACAAACAUUCCAUGGUUACGGGCGAAUACUGGAGAGACUGCACAUUUUUUUUUUUAGGUUUGUGUAAUUCAUAUCACGCGAAAUCAAAUGUCAAUUCCGAAAUUUUAUGUUGAGAAAAUUGUAUUUGCAG